AUGCCGACCAUGACAGGACACAUCCCGCAACACUACGAGCACGACAGUGCGCUUCAGAUCGGCUUUGAUGAUCUCCAGGGAUUCUCCCCCGUUACACAAAGCUUCAACAUCAACGCUUAUCGCACGCCAUACCCCGAGAGCAUCGCAACAUCCACAUCAUCAGCCACAUCGCCCGAACGCACCAAUGCAAGUCUUCUCACCGAUCCGGUUGUUGUCGAAGCAGAGGAGGACAAGCGAAAACGCAAUCAAGCCGCUUCCGCACGCUUCCGGCAGAAGAAGAAGCAGCGCGAGCAGCAGCUCAUGGAGACGAGUCAAAAGAUGCAAGACCGUACUAAGAAGCUCGAAGCCGAAAACGAUGGGCUGAAGAAGGAGAACAUGUUUUUGAAGAAGCUCCUCGUCGAGAAAGUGGAUCACAUGAGCGAUGAAGAUCGGGAGCUGCUCAAGAAAGCCGCAGAAGGCGCGCUAGCUGGAGUAAUUGGAAAGAAGUCUUGA